AGUGUAGAAAGAGCAAGACUUAAGAGGCUAGUUGGGUCUGUGAAAUAUACUGCAAGCAAGAGAUAACGGCCGACCUCCAGAAUGAUGGGAAUUAACAAAUGAGGGGACUGGUCAAUCCGAAAGGAGGCACGAACAAGAGGAGAGAGGAGAGAGAUGUGGCAAAAAUGUGGAUGGACAGGACCUGAUGAGGGAGGAGACCUGUGUGCAGGUGGGCGGAGUCUAACGGGGGGGGGAGUGACUAACAGUUGAGGGCGGGGCUAAAGACUAGGGUGGCCUGAUAAAUGAGUGGACUCUGAAGACCAGGGCCAUGGACACACAAAAUUUAGAGAAUGCAGCCGUAAAGAUUCAGUCAUGGUGGCGUGGCAACAUGGUGCGCCGGACGUUACUGCACACAGCACUCAGGGCCUGGGUCAUCCAGUGCUGGUGGAGGUCAAUGCAGGCCAAGAUGCUGGAGCAGAGACGGCGCCUGGCACUAAGACUCUACACCUGCCAGGAGUGGGCAGUGGUGAAAGUGCAGGCACAGGUUCGGAUGUGGCGGGCUCGCAGACGAUUUCUUCAGGCACACCAAGCGGCCUGCAUCAUCCAGUCUCACUGGCGCUGGCAUACCAGUCAAACCCGGGGUCUGAUCCGGGGCCGCUAUGAGGUCAAAGCCAGCCGGCUGGAACUUGACAUCGAAAUUCUCUUGACCUAGGGCACUAGUAGAGCCAAGGAGACUGGAUCUCUCUUCCAAUAAAGACACUUAACUGAG